GAGACCGGGGUUGUAAAUAGGUACAAGAGACAAAGCUUAUGCAAAUCGCAGGCGGCGUGGCACGGGGCAGACAUGAUGCAGUCACCCACUCCUAUUCGAGGCGUGGGGGGUGGGGGUAGGUAUUGUCUCAAAGCGUAUAUAAACCGUUUUAUUUAGUCGUGUGCCAUACUCGCUGCUCACACGAGCUCAUUGCACCGAUCAGAAGAAAGCAACUUCAGUCGCGUGUCGCUGGAAGAAGUCAUCGCAAGAGGGAGAGGGCUGACACAAUCCCGCAUCCACCCUUCUCAAUAAUGGAGUACUCACAUUCCGAUUAUGAAAACAGCGAGCUCUCUUUCCCAAUGACAGACGAAGAAGACAGCGCGAGUUUCAUCAUUUCGUCGCCCAUCUCGUCGGCGGGCAACUCUUCCGCCGGGCUGUCGGCAGGACAGGCGCCAGGUUCAGCCUGCGAGCGACCGGACGAUGCGAGGGACAAGAAGCGCAAGCCGAGGGGUCGGUCGAGGGCGAAGCCUCAGGGCGGCCUGCACCUGGUGAAGAGAAGCCGGAGAACCAAGGCCAACGACCGCGAGAGGAACCGCAUGCACAACCUGAACUCGGCCCUCGACAACCUCCGCGGCGUCCUGCCCACCUUCCCCGACGACGCCAAGCUCACCAAGAUCGAAACGCUGCGAUUCGCUCACAACUACAUCUGGGCUCUGUCCGAAACUCUGAGGUUGGCCGACCAGUGCGUGGACAGUGGCAGAAAGCCAGCGAUGCUGCCCGCUUACCUGAAAGCACUGGAGCCUCCUAGCCCCGGCAGCGAUGCGGGAUCGUGGCUGACCACGCCGUCCUCCUCCCCCGCGACUACUUGUACCUCCAACCCCACCAGCCCUUCCACCUCCGAGGACUACUCGUACAAAAGACAAUCAGACAGCUUCUUCCCAUUCCGCACUAUACAGAAAGAGUUCCUGAACGAGGUGUCUUACUUCAAUGAUUAUCACUGAAGGACUUCAACCCCCGAACUCACAAAGUGACUGUUUCACAACUAUGCCUUAUAAUUACAUGAUCGGUGUUCCUUCCAGAAAUUGUCAGCAGGGGAAAUGAGUAGGAUGUUUUUGUUAGAACACAAAGUGAUGGAUUUAAUAUAAGCGGGUCAGGCAGCAUCACUGGAG